UUAAGAAAUACUUUUCUUGAACUUUUUUUUUUUUUUUUUAAUAACACUCGGUGUUACCACAACACAUGUCCUGAAAUGUGAGAGCCGUCACGGGUGGAGGCCCGGCAGGUGCGAUUAGCCAGAGAGAAAGCGGCAGGAGCUGAACCCGAACUGUCAAUUACAUGUUUUGCAUUCAGACUUCUCUGUGCUUUGACUUGCAAGGGAGGUUGGGAAUCGGACGAAAGCCAUUGAGACGUUAACAAUGAAAGGAGGUUCUUACUGCUUCGUGUUAUUUCAGGGACAAACUGCUUACUAGAAAAUUGAUCUUGGCCACUCCUUGACAUGACUGGUUUGCAGAAUUAGUUCCCUUUCCUUUCCUGAAACCCAUUCAGCAUGGAAUCAAACAAUAGCCACUCUGGCAAGAAUCCUCUUAUACACACAAUGAAAAAAGAUUUCUGAGCUCUGCAGGUGAUAACCGAAGUCCGUCACACUUUUCACAGCAACCCAGAGGCAGCAGUGAGCUGGGCGAAAGCUCACGGGACUUCAUAGUAAUGGCUUUUGUAUUUAGAACUGUGGCCCAAUUAGCUGGAAUGUUGUUAUCUUUGCUGGGGUGGGUUUUAGCCUGUCUCACCAACUACCUGCCGCACUGGAAGAACCUGAACCUGGACCUGAACGAAAUGGAGACCUGGACCCAGGGCCUGUGGCAAGUCUGCGUCGUCCAGGAAGAGGUGGGGAGGCAAUGCAAGGACUUCGACUCCUUCCUGGCCCUGCCCGUGGAGCUCCGCGUCUCCAGGAUCCUCAUGUUCCUGUCCCACGGGCUGGGGCUCCUGGGCCUGCUGGUCUCGGGGUCUGGGCUGGACUGCCUGAGAGUCGGAGAGAGACAGCGCAAGUGGAAGAAGCGGCUGCUGAUCCUGGGAGGGGUCCUGUUCUGGACGGCGGGCGUCGGGGUCCUGGUGCCGGUCUCCUGGGUCGCCCAUGUGACCGUGCAGGAGUUCUGGGACGAGACCCUCCCGGAGGUGGUGCCCAGGUGGGAGUUCGGGGAAGCCCUCUUCCUGGGCUGGUUCGCUGGGUUCUCUCUCCUCCUCGGGGGGUGCCUGGUGACCUGGGCCGCCUGCUGCACCCAGGCUCCGCUGGCGGCGGGCCAGCACCCGGCGGCAGACACGCAGAAUCUCCGUCACCCCCUGGAGAUGAAAAACACUCGGCUGACAGUCUAAGCCCGAGGAUCCGGGCGGCCACUGCGCGGGGGACGCUUGCUGAGCCCGGGACCGGGUAGGAUUCCCUGCUGCCUGGUCACCCAGGCACCACGCUAGCAACUUUCUAACAUGCAUUUUCCCCAGGGGUGACUGGCUCCUUGAACUGUGAUUUCUUUCCCAGGCGGUAAACCACUUUUGUCUUCUACUCUGAGGCCAAAACCAAUCAAGACUUAAUAGUAAUCAUGCUCGUUUCUGCGGAGGAGUUUCCUCAAUUUUGAAAUAGACCCAGUGACUGCACAGAACUGGCAAAUGAAACAUUCUACCCGCGCUUACGCCCCUGAAGGUGUUACUCAUAGAGACGGGUCAUUCUGGCAGUGGGAGAUGUUACUGUUCAUC